CUUGUCAUAUCUACGUAAUCUUGAAAAGAACCUUGAAACGGGCCUAAGGCCUGAGACGCCAGCGGCCUAUAUGGAGAAAGUUUGGGUGCCGACUCCAGAUUGUAUAGUAAAAUAGAGGAUGGCAAACCCUAGGCGAAAUUUGUACUCAAUCAACAACCAAAACUUGGAGAACCCAUUUCAGUUUCAGACCCAAAGCUUGUCUUCACUGUCAUCUGUGAAACACUUGCUGAAAAAGCCCCAGGCAUUUCCCUUUCUACUAUUGUUGCUCCUGUUGCUGACAUGGGUCUCUCUAAGAUUGCAGUAUUCUUCUCCUUCUAAGCCUGAGCAAUGGGACAAAGAUGAUGAUGAUGGCGACGACUUUAAGGCCAAUCUUUUCCGAUUCAAGGCUGGGCUACCUUCAGCUAUUGUCAAGGACAAACGUGGCUGGCUGCUCAAUCCUGUCUCUAUUGCGCUUCAGAAUGGCGUCAAAGGUGGCGCAAUGUCUUGUGUUCAGGUACACAUAGGUGAAAUUCGACCUGGUGGAGUGAGAGGAAAUCACAGACACUAUGCUUGUAAUGAAACAUUUGUCAUUUGGGGAGCUAAGACAAAGUUCAGGGUGUGGAAACAGUGAUUUCUUGGUGCAAAUUCCAGCCUUGUUUGAUUUAACUCCUUCUAGAACACUGUGAAGAUGGUGGAAGACCAACUAGUAUUGAUACAAAGCUAAUCCCAUUUCUUGUUGAAAAAACAAUUAAAAGUAUUAUCUAUUGUUGUCUAUCUACUGUUACAUAAAUUUUCUAAUGCUUUGAUUAAUUCAAGCCCCUUUUUUAGUCUAGGAAGAACUUGAAACUAGGUAAUGAUACAAUGUACUUGUAAUGGAAGUGUGAUCUUGUUGAAAACUGGAAAGUUAAUCAUAACUUCUUCUUUUUUAUAUAUUCCCCAAAUGGUGAGGAAAUGCAAGUGAUGCAGAAUAAUCAAGGAGAAGAGGUGAUAACACAUCAUUGCUUGGUUAGAUAAAUUUCAUCCUUUUUUGAAGCCAAGGUUUAAAGUGUUUUGUCAGCAAAAACGUCCUUUUGGUCUGAGUGAGGAUGCCUCCAUAGCUAAAUAAACAAGAAAGUAAAUUUUGGUGUUCAGGGGGUAUUUUGGUAAUUUCAUUUUAUUGAUUUCGGUUUAGUGGUCCAAUGGGACUUAUUUUGGGUUUAGCAUUUCCUUGUAUUGCUCGAAUUGGCGAUUGAGUUUUAAUAAUGAAAUAAGUUGUUGAUAGUUCUUGGAGGCUUUGUGAUUAGUAAUUGAGUUUUCUUCCUCAUGCUUCUUAUGGUACUGCAAGAUACUGUUCUCAGCUUUGAGAAAAUGGCCAUAACCUGCCCUAUUAUUUCUAUCCCUCCCAGAAGAUUCCUGCAACCUUUUCUUGACAUCCUGCCCUUGUUUGAGGUGAAAUCUCAAUGGAUUCAAACCUUAAUUGAUUCCCUACUUUUCAGCACUUAGCCCUCCAUAAAUCCUAAGUAGGUAUAUUUCCCCAAAUCUGUCUAAUAUCAAAGAGCAAAGAAGUAGUGGAAAUAUAGGGAAGAGGUGGUUGGGGGCUGGGGAGGGGAGAGUCAGAGAGAAAUGAGUGGAAAGAACAAGUAGAGAAAUAUCCAAUUUCAACAACUCAAAUCUCAAUAAUUUAUUUCCUAAAGUUGCUCUGAAAUUGAAAAUAAUAUUAGUAUUUCUAACACUAGUGCUUUAUGAACUAAAGGCUGGUAGAGUGAUGAGAUUAGUAGGUCAUUAGAUUGAAAACGAUGGUGGCUGUGAGAAUGACAAUAGUGCGAAGAGAUUGGGAGUUGUAGUUGUGAGAUUGAAACUAGCCGUGAGUUAAUGUUUGUUUGGUAAAACCAUUGGUGGUAGUAUGAUGAAAAGAGAAACAUGACUGUUAAGAGCAUUAAGUAAAUAUUGGAUGUAUUUAUAAUUCUACAAAUAUUGGUGAGGCAGCCAAUCUUUCUCUUUCAUGUCUUUCUUUAAUCUCAAACUAGCAUUUUGUUCUUUGCUUCCUUCAUUAUAUUAAGAUCAAGGUAUAAGAUAAAGAAAUUCAAGAUCUGUUAUUAGGAGUGGUGAUAUGAAGUCUGGCAUGGUUAAAGUUAAUUUUUCAAGUUUUCUCUUUCUUAUUUCCAUUUGAUUCAACCAGACGGUUCAAAUUCAGUAUUUUAUGAUUUUCCCAGUUUUUGAUAGGUUGAGAAUAUUACUAGACUUUGUGUUGUCAAUGGUUUUCAUGAAGCCAAUUCUAUUUGCUGAGUCACUUGCUAAACGAAGGGUUUAUAUAGUAAGAAAGUGUUUGAUGCACAAGAUUAUAAUAGAAUAGGAUAAGAUGAUAUUAUGAAUAGGAUUAGAUUAAAUAAUGUCAUCUUAUCUUGUGUUUGAUGAGUGCAAGGAUUAGGAUAGAAUAGUUUAUUUAUUGGUCACAAUUAUCCUUCCUCCAAGUUUAUACAAUAUAAAUUAUCGAUGUGAUUUUUAAGGGUAUAAUAAUACAUGUAAGUUUAAUCUUAUAGAUUAAAAAUAAUCUUCUUCACUUUGGAAGGAUUGAAUCAUCUUACGCCAAAAGGAUGAUUAAUCUUCCUUGCAAUCCUAUCUUUUUUAGAUGCAAACUAAAUGAUUAUCAUCCUAUCCUAUCCAUCAUUUUAUGUACCAAAUAUGACCUAAAAGAAUUAGUUGCCUGGAUUUUUUAAUUCACUCAAUUUCCAGUCUCAAGAUCAAACUUAAUAACUUAUGUGGUUUGUCCCUUUGUUUCAGUUUUCACUUCGGGUUUGUUUCAUGCAAUCAUGCUCUCAUUUUGCUUUCUGUUGUUCUAUGGUCAAUCAUUCUUUAGCUUGACGCUUUCUCAAUAUACCUAAUGUCCUGUUUUUGUUGAUAUAUUAUUUUCUCUCUAUAAUAAAAUUUCUUUAACUUUUCAAAAGGAAAAAGAUGAUAUUAUGUGAUAGUUGCAUAGAAUCCAAGUAUAUGAAAAAUGUCUUAGAUAUAGUUAU